AUGUUCGACCCAAGUUCGCACAGCCCUCAUUCCACAGUUCAUCACCAAACCCCAGCGGAUCAACAGCGCCCAACCUACUCCCUAGCCCAUUCACAACCGCCCCUGAAUCCCGAAAGAACAACCUACGCGCCGCAUUAUCACCAAGCACCGCCUCUUCCCCAACCCCAAAAUUAUGUCCUGAACAACCAACAUCAAGAACUCGAUAUCGAGCCCCUCCGAAUAAAUAACAACAACAACAACUCCAACCAUCCUCGUUACAUUCACAACCACCAUCAUCCAACAGGACAGCUCUCCAACACCGGUGCACCAGCAUAUCUCAAGCCUGCUGAUCCUUGCUUGAAUUCGGCAGGUGGGGCGAGCGGCCAGCAACAUACUCACUGUGCCCAACAACUACUGCCGAUGCAGCCCUUAACUACUCAGAAUUCCCGACGGGCCCCGCCAAGGCAGCCCGGAUCACCGACAGUUAAUCAAUAUCCACCCGCUCAUCGUCAGUCAGCGCCUCACAUUACCUUGGCCAGCGCAAAUCGAGAUGGAGCUGCUCGAAUCAACCAGGGUUUGUUAAACCUACACCCUCAACACCCUCAGAAUCCUCAACCCUCACCAAAUCAUCAUCAGUCUCAAACUUCUCGACAAUCUGAAAAUCACAAUUUCAGCCGCAGUCACCUCGGAAACACUUUAAAGCACCCUCUACCCUCCUCAACAUCCACCCCCAAUUACGCCCCAUUGCCUGCCCCUACGGGGCACAAAGUCCAGACCCAUACAAAUAGAUCGGUCUCUUCUCACCACUCUUCAAGCUCGGUUCCCCUUCGUUCCUUAAACGCGCCGACAAGUUCGGUACCCCUUGCCUCCGCAGCUACUAGCCAAGCUCCGUCAAGUUCGGUCCCCACUUGCCCAGUACCUGCUACCCAAGGACAUCGAAAGCCCUCUAAAUCACGUAAAUCCCACUCCAACGCAUGCCCGAAGGCCUCCGACCCCCAUCCAGAACAUUCACCCUCGACUUCGGGACCACUAAAAGUUUCUGCGCUACCCAAUCUCCAAAAAGAGCUGCAAGCUGCGUUUGCAGCAAAUGAUAAGACAGCCGGAAGCAAGAGGGCAAAGGCCACAGGUAAAAAACCUCGGGAAAAUGCCCAGACAACCAAAACUACUGCAGAGGGCCAGUCGCGGCAACCUUCUCGUGCGGAUCCGCCCUCCCGAUCCCAACGGUGCAACGUUUUGGGUGCAACUACUGAUCCUGCGCCUACAAAAACAAUCACCGCAUCGUUGAAUCCAAAUCUACACGUACCACCUCUGACAGCCGAUUUGGACCUUUCGGGGCUGCAGUCCCCUCCAUCCCCAGAUCUGAAUGUGGAUGUGAAUGAUGGGGCAGAACCCAGUGGCAAUGUGGGGCCCACCAACAACGCGGAUCACAGCGACCAAGGCGAUGUCGAUUCAGACAAUCAACCUAAUGAUAAUGAAGGCUCCAGUGGUGAGAAGAGAAAAAAACUAGCUCAUCACCUUGUAAAACAACUCUAUGCGAUGGAUACAGACACACUUCGGGACGCUGUACGUAAACAUGGACACUAUACUCGACUCGUGGCAGAGGAUAAAGUCGAACUUGACGACGCCCAUGAAGAAUAUCUCAAGCAAGUUUACCGAAUCUGUGGCACCAACUUGCUCCAAAUUGAUUCGGUCAUGAAAUAUAUCGGUCAAGGUAACCGGACACGAGGCGGUACCAUGUACAGCUACUUCUGUCAAUACAAUCCGGAGGCUGUCAGGAUUAAGAAUGAUUCUACUAUACCUAUUCAACAGCGAUGGUCCCAAUGCGGUGCACUCUGGCGGAAGCUCUCCAAAGAGGAAAAAAAUUUAUACAACGAUCCGACUUACCUGGCAACACUUCCAAAUCCAUUCGUUCAAGAGGGGGACAACACAACCAACCAACCAACAUCGGAAACAGUCAAGGGAAAGUCAGCUCGCAAGGUCGCCAAGCCAAGUAAAUUUGAUGUGAAUCGAUGGGCCAACAAGAUAGGAACAGAUAUGGUUAAUUUAAGCGCUUCACAUGCAAUCGAGGGCUUCGUGGUCCUUGUAUACCCUCACCAGAAGGGCCGAGCUGUAUUGACUGGAGGUAGCAAGAUGGGCGAAGCGUUCCUCGAUAUGAUUCAAGCCGGGCCCAAUCCUGUGAACGACUUCUUGGACUUUGUCAAAGGACAGUUUGCAAUGAAACAUAUAUUGGGCACCGAAGCGCCGCUUCUGACAAAGAAGAGGAAAAGAAAGGCAGGGAAAGAUGGAGUGGAAAGGAGCAAAUAUGACAAAGGCAAUUUAGAGGAUAACCGACAUGAAAUUCGAGAACAACUUGGAUAUGCUAUUUAUAAAGCAUCUAACCAUAUUUGGCGGAAUGGAAGGCCUGGAGCGAAGACGAACUACAGAUUGCAGAAACUGAACCUGACACUGCGAGUCACGGAGAAUCCGCUCAAUGUUUUGCCGGAGGAAUUUUGCAAGCGGCCAUCCGACUUGUUGGAUGAAGAAUGCCAACGGCUUUUAACAGCACUGGGGGAGGGUUGGGUGGAGCUUCUAGGGCCGAAGCCAUCAAAUAACCGUACUGUUGGAGCGGAAGUCGAAGCCGAGACCAAGGGUGAAUCAGUCCCUUCACACAAGAAACCAGGUCCCAAGGGAAAACAGAACCCCAAGAAAACUGGCGAUUGUCAGAAGGAAGCGGAAAUAACUACUCAGAAGACGAAAACCGCUGUGAAGAAGGCUCGGGGCCAAAAAAAAACCCCCCCAAAAAAACGUGUUGUGUCCGACGAGUCAGAAGACGCAGGAGAGACUCCAAGCAAAUCCAGCGAAGAAGACCGAUUGGAAGAAGGGGAUGAAUCGGAGAACAAUGGCCCUAGUGCACGGCAGCCAGGAAGGUCGACUAGGAAGAGCGGAAGAACAUCAAAGAAAGCGAAAAACUACAAAGAAUUGUCUCACGCUUCAGCCAGCAGUUCAACCGAGGCCUCGGACAAAGAUACUGAAGGCCCCGAUCCAAAGAAACGGCGUCAAGGGAAAAAGAAAAGCGACAAGACUGAACAUAUUCAAGAUGUACAGGAUACCGAGGACGUACAUGAUGUACAGGACAGCCUAGCCAAGCAAAAGCCCCCCCCCCCAAACCCAAGAGGAAAUGGAAACCAAUAA